AUGCUCGCUACGACCACUUGUACUGCUGCUGCUACUACUUCUACUGCUUGCAAUGCUUCAACCUUUUCGUUACAUACUUCCUUGAGCCUUUCCGUUGCUCGUGAUGAUCAUCACGGAAAGAAGAGAAAGGGAUCUCCAACAAGUUUGGAAGAAUUUACUCAAGAUCAAAUGAUGAUGAUGAUGAAUAAUAACUCUUCCUCAACAACAACAACAACAUCCAAUAAUGAUAGAAAACCAAUCAAGGCUUCUCCAAAGAGAACCCGAAGAGCCUCUCCUUUAGUGGAAUCUCCAAAACAUUCGGGUGUGAUCAAGCCUUGUUCUUCUUCAUCAUCAUCAUCCACACUCUCAAUGGUCGACUCAUCCUCAAUGAUCUCCAUUCAAGAGAAUAUCCAAAUGUGUUUACAGGAAUUGAGUGGUAUGGAAGAGUUUGGUGUGUUUAUUGAUCAAGAGAUGAAACAAGCGUUUGCUCUUUUGAAUUAA